AUGCCUCCUGCACAAUGCAGUCUGAGAGAUGUCUCCUUCUGCCACCUCUUUCCUCAUGAAGUCACCCGUGCCCUGGCCUAUCACCUGACUCUGGCUAUUGCAUACACGCAUUCACAAGGCUAUGUUCAUGGAGAUGUGCAUCUUCGCAAUAUCCUGGUUCAACUGCGAUCUCCACUCGACCAUCUCUCAAUUGAACAAUUUUACAAGACCUACGGCGAGCCCGAGACUAUCCAAAUCACACACAGAGAUGGAAAGCCGCUUCCCUUCCAACAUCCCAGCAAGAGCCGUCCUCCCGCUGUCCCUUGGGAAAGCGGCGGAAGAAUUUAUCCUCACCGAUGCUCGUGUGCUGCUGAGCGAUUUUGGCGAACCAUUCAACCCAACCGACAACCCUCGAAGAAGCGAAGAUUGUCACACGCCGCUAGCCUCCCGGCCACCCGAAGCGCUCUUCCAGCCAAAGGCGCCCCUCUCAUUCUCGGCCGACAUUUGGAGUCUUGCUACGUCUAUCUGGGAGAUCCUUGGUAUGAAGGCUAUCUUCAGCGGUGA